AUGUCUAUGCAGCGGGGUCGGCAUCGCCGGCCAACUCAAGGCCGCAAGGGAUCGGUGACUUCGGUUGCUAAAAGGAAGGGCUCGCAUGAUGACAAUUCCCGGAGUGAUAAAAAAUUGAGAUACUCAGGACCAAGCCUUCCAGAGGCCGUAUGGCAUCAUAUACAUUCUCUGCUUCCUCUACGAGAUGCUGCACGCGUUGCCUGCGUGUCUCAUUCGUUUCGACGUUCUUGGAGAUGUUUUCCCAAUCUCAGCUUAACUAGGGAAACACUGGGUUUGAAAGGCGGGGUCGACGAAAUAUCAUCUAAAAUAGCGCUUGAUCUUGCAAAGAGAACUGAACACAUUCUGAAAAACCACUCAGGCGUUGGCGUGAAGGCACUCAAACUUGAAAUACGUGAAUUUCCCUUUUUCAGCACCUCACGUGAUGAUCUCAAUCGUUGGCUUGGUAUUGCCGUUAGACCAGGGAUUGAAGAACUUUACCUGCGGCUUUAUUCAUCUCAUGCGGACGUGUACAACUUCCCAUGCACACUUUUACUUGAUGGGAGUGGCAAGUCGAUUCGGCACCUUCAUCUCGGUGAAUGUGCCUUCCGUCCCACGGCUGGAGUUGGCUUCUUAAGAAGCCUGACUAGUUUGGAACUGUAUGAUAUGCAUAUUACAGGGGAUGAGUUAAUGUGCCUUCUUUCCAGUUCAGUUGCUUUGGAGAAAUUGACACUAGUGUAUUGCCAUGAGUUGAUUUUCCUGGAGAUACCUAGCCUGCUGCAGCGGCUUAGCCACCUGGUUGUCCACGACUGCUUAAAUCUGGAAGUGAUAAAGAAUAAGGCCCCUUAUCUCUACAGUUUUGAAUAUAGUGGUGCCCUGGUACGACUAUCACUUGGUGUUUCAUUGCAAAACCUUGACAUUGAUGCUUCAGGGUGGGACGUUAUUCAUUAUGCUGGUGCCAAACUUCCAUGCAUGGUGCCAAAUCUUGAAGCUCUUAACAUACAUUCGUCUUAUGUGGUAAUAUUCUUAUAG